UCUGACACGUUGAGCUACAGGAGCGCGCGCUGAGGACAGAGGUGUACCGAACCUGCUCCUGCAAAGCUGUCUCUUCACAUUGUUUAUUACGGGAAAUAGUUGAUUUAAAUAAUGUUUUAAAAUGAAUCCACUAGACAAGGGAAGAUAUUCGAAGCGAACGGCGUUAUGGGAAUUGGGAUUUAUCUAUCUUACGCUGAUAAGCGUGGCGCGGUGCUCCAUAUCUGACAGGAAUGUAUGUCAGGGAACCAGUAAUAAGCUUACUCUACUAGCACAACCGGAUGACCAUUACAGGACCAUAGCACGGAUGUACACUAACUGUACCGUAGUGCUAGAGAACCUGGAGAUAACUUACAUCCAAGAGUACCACGACCUCUCCUUCCUUAGGAGCAUUGAGGAAGUCAGUGGCUACGUUUUAAUAGGACUAAAUUACGUAAGUGUGAUACCUUUGGAAAACCUGCGGCUCAUUCGUGGACAUACUCUCUUUGAUAAUAAAUAUGCCCUAGCGGUGAUGUCAAACUACCACAGGAACGAUUCCUCGGAGAACAGUAGCAUCACCGGCGGGUUGAGAGAGCUUCCACUGAUAAACCUCACAGAAAUUCUCAAAGGUGGAGUUAAGAUAACUCAUAAUCCUUUGCUUUGCAAUGUGGAGACUAUAAAGUGGUUGGACAUUGUACAAAGCAACAAUAAUGUAAAUGUCUCAGGGGGGACAGACCCUCAAUGUAGACAGUGUGACCCAGGAUGCAAUGGAUCAUGUUGGGGCCCAGGACCAGAGAGCUGCCAAACCUUGACGCGGUUGAACUGUGCCGAACAGUGCUCACGGAGAUGCAAGGGUCCCAAACCCAUCGAUUGCUGUAAUGAGCAUUGUGCCGCAGGUUGCACUGGACCCAAACCAACAGAUUGUCUGGCCUGUAGAGAUUUCCAGGAUGAUGGGACGUGUAAGGAUUCAUGUCCACGUCUAAUGUUAUACAACCCAAACGCUCACCAGCUUGUUCCCAAUCCUGACGGGAAAUACAACUUUGGAGCAAGAUGUGUGAAGAGUUGCCCUUACAACUUUGUGGUGACCGAUCAUGAUGCCUGCGUUCGGACGUGCAGUGGGAACAUGCAUGAAGUGGAGGAGAACGGAAUAAGGAAGUGCAAAAAAUGUGACGGCUUGUGUCCGAAAGUCUGCAACGGUCUUGGAAUGGGAGAGCUUGCUAAUGUCAUAUCAAUCAACGCGUCUAACAUCGAUUCUUUUAUUAACUGCACUAAAAUAAACGGGCAUAUAACAAUAAUGCAGACGACAUUUCGAGGGGACCCGUUUACAAAAACUCCAAGCAUGGACCCGGUAAAACUGGACUAUUUUAAGACAGUUAAGGAAAUUUCAGGGUUUCUGCUCAUCCAGGAUUGGCCAGAACAUCUUAAAUCACUCAGUCCCUUUGAAAACCUGGAAAUUAUCAGAGGAAGAACCAAACAGCAUGGCACUGUCAGUUUUGCUGCCCUGAAUAUUUUUCACCUAAAACAUCUCGGCCUGCACUACCUGAAGGAGAUCAGCGAUGGAGACGUGGUCAUUAGGAACAACCGCAACUUGUGUUACACGGACGGCAGCUACUGGCAGAAGUUGUUUCGAUCGGAGAAACAGCGCAUACGAAUGAACAACAACGCAGCCAUUGACAGCUGUGUGAAGCAGAAUCAUACCUGUGACAGUAUGUGUGGAGAUGAAGGCUGUUGGGGCCCUGGGCCGUCUAUGUGCGUAUCCUGCCAGUAUGUGAGCCGUGGAGGACGCUGUGUCAGUCACUGCAACCUGUUAGAAGGAUCACCACGAGAGUUCAGGUCACAAAACGUCUGUUUGGAAUGUGACCCGGAAUGCAAGGUUCUGAAUGAGACCCAAACCUGCCAUGGACCGGGAGCUGAUAAUUGUUCUGAGUGUGCUCACUUUAAAGACGGUCCACACUGCGUUGCUCGCUGCACACAAGGUGUGCCCGGCGUUAAUGGCCAACUCGUGUGGACGUACUCAGACAAAAACAGACAGUGCCAGCCAUGUCACGCCAACUGCACCCAGGGGUGCAGUGGACCCGGACUGGAAGGUUGUGAACCUAAAGGCUCUAAUGUGCCUGUCAUAGUGGUUGGUAUAGUCGGUGGCAUGUUGCUGAUCAUGGUCCUUCUGCUCUUCAUUUUCAUCAUCAUCCGUCGACGACACAUCACACGGAAGAGAACCCUACGACGUCUCCUGCAGGAAAGAGAGCUGGUCGAACCUCUCACUCCAAGCGGUGAAGCCCCUAACCAGGCACUUCUGCGCAUCCUUAAAGAAACAGAAUUUAGGAAAAUAAAAGUGCUUGGAUCUGGAGCAUUUGGCACUGUGUAUAAGGGUCUAUGGGUUCCAGAAGGAGAAGAUGUGAAAAUUCCUGUUGCUAUUAAAGUUUUAAGAGAAGUAACAUCUCCAAAAGCCAACAAAGAGAUCUUGGACGAGGCUUAUGUAAUGGCCAGUGUUGAUCACCCUCAUGUCUGUCGUCUAUUGGGAAUCUGUCUUACCUCCAGCAUCCAGCUCAUAACUCAGAUUAUGCCUUUCGGAUGCCUGUUGGAUCAUGUUCAGGAGAACAGAGACAAUAUUGGCUCACAGAUGCUGUUAAACUGGUGUGUUCAGAUCGCUAAGGGAAUGAACUACUUAGAAGAAUGUCGCCUGGUCCAUCGGGAUUUAGCAGCCAGGAAUGUGCUGGUUAAGACUCCUAACCAUGUAAAGAUCACUGACUUUGGCCUGGCCAGACUACUGGGUGCAGAUCAGAAAGAGUAUCACGCUGAUGGAGGGAAAGUGCCUAUAAAGUGGAUGGCACUUGAGUCUAUACUUAACUGGACAUACACUCAUCAAAGUGACGUUUGGAGUUACGGUGUCACCAUUUGGGAGUUGAUGACAUUUGGAUCCAAACCUUAUGAUGGAAUUCCAGCCAGUGAGAUUGCAGAUAUUCUGGAGAAAGGAGAGCGCUUACCACAACCUGCCAUCUGCACUAUAGAUGUUUACAUGAUCAUGGUUAAAUGUUGGAUGAUUGACGCUGACUGCAGACCUCACUUUUGUGAACUUGUGACAGAGUUCUCAAAAAUGGCUCGAGAUCCCUCUCGCUACCUUGUCAUUCAGGGCGAUGAGAACAUGCAUCAGCCGAGCCCAACGGAUUCAUCGUUUUACAGGUCUCUGAUCAGUUCAGAAGACAUGACCAGUGUGGUCGACGCAGAGGAAUACCUGCAACCCAACAAGAGAUUCUUCAGUGGAUCACAAAGGUCACAAUCUCACUAUCACAACACUCCGGAUGAUUAUAAAAACAGUCUGGUAAUGCGUUACAUAACGGACCCAACACAAAAAGACCUCAUGUUGCCAGAAUACAUGAACCAGGACGUUCCCCCUCCAAGCACAAUGGUGAACCCAAACUACGAGUGCCUGGCCCUCAUACAGACAGAAAAUGGCUACACAGACGCCUACGGGAGCAAACCCGAUGGUCCCGAGUAUUUGAACACAGCCUGCUCCACUUUACCAAGCUCCUCAUGUGCCAAUCUGGAUAACCAGGACUACCAGCAGAGCCUUCUGCCAACUUCUCCAUCUGACGUUCGGUUCCUUCCUGCAACGGAAACCCUGCAGUACCUCGGGCUCGGCACAGCGAUGCAGUCUCAUGUACGUUAAGACAAUCAGGGUUCAAAAUAAGCAAUUGCACUGCUUGAACUUUUAGAUGUCCGCACAACGCACAUGUUAGUACUUUAGCUACCGUGAGGACGGAUCUGAAUUCAUGUGUCGUUGUGAGAACGUCGCUCCAGACACGCUUGAAGGCAUCUGCUGUGAUGUGUUUGUUCUUGAUAAAGAGGUAUGUUUGUUUAGACAUUAAGCUGUGAGUAACGUGUUGAAUGUCAAGCCACAAAACAUUUCAGUAUUUUCACCGAAUGAAUGGAAUAUGUAAUAGUGACGAAUAGUUUCGGUCUUUGGGCCAGAUUUACUAAACAGGGCCAUUAGCGUGAAAGCACAUUUUAAAAAUGCGCCAAUGGGUUCCCCCCACGUUCCCAUUUUUGGUUAUCCGAGAGUGACACACGGUGAGGUGCUGCCAAGUUGGCGACGGCCGGCUCCACCCACUUUGAGCUUCAAAAAUGCUCUUUAGGCCCUUUCCCAAAAUGGCACUCUCCGUACUUGUGGAUUUUCUCAGAGUCCACACUUUGAUGACAUCAUGUGGUGCGGACCUUAGGGCAGGGGUCCCCAAACCUGUUCCUGGAGGGCCAGUGUCCGUGCAGGAGGGCCAGUGCAGGAUUGGUGACCCUUGACACGAGUCCACGAGAGCGCACCGGAGUCGUAUUUUGGGACAGACUUGAGUGGUGAACUCCUCCCAUCCGUCGUCGGACUUCUGGGUUCAGGAAUUUGGCGAAGACCACAUCAAUGGUGCAUAGGGGGCGCUGAUGGACACAAUUCGGAGCGUAGAAAUGACAGAUGGGACUCCCUACAGACUAUGUGAGCAUCCACGAGACCGAAAGUCCACAUGAAGUGCGCCAUUUGAGACAGGGCCAUAGAAACCUACAGGUGAUGUCACGGUCAUCACAACGUCCCUGUUUUGUACAGUCUAUCAGUGAUGCGCAGAUUGAUCCAAAAUGAGCGGGUGUCUGCGGUCACCCACGGUUACGAGUCAUCCAAAAAUAUUUUUAAUGAUAUUCUGGUCGCGGUCGGUCAGGUCGUUUGAAAUAAAGAUGCCAAUUACCAAUUUUAAACAAUUACUACUUUUAAAAAAUGUGGGCCAGGAAGUGGGUCGGGUACGAUAGUUUUAUUUGUGGUCCGAGUUGAGGGCGGGUUAGUUGAAAAUGUCGGUCAGGGUGCGACUUGUUUAUACAUUGACCCGCGCAUCACUGCAGUCCAUCAUGAUUUUUAGGCGUUAAUAAUGGUGCGAAUACUAGUAAAUUGACGAGCGCAAACCUUAGUAAAUUGCCUUUUAAAUAUUCUCCCAAAGUUUUGCAUCUGAAAGGAAAACUCCUACAAAUGCAUGAAUGCAUAUGCAAUAAGGUAAUUUGCAAAAACUGAGCUAAUUUUUCACUGCGUGUAUUUAGUAGUAUUUUGUUUUUGACGACAUAUGGGGUGUUUGCAAUGGCUGUUAGUAAAUCUGGCCCUUUGUGUAUAAUGUGGGUUAGGUAGAGUAUUUGGAGAAUAGUUGUUGAUUUUGAUAAAUGUUGCAACUUAAUUUAUUUAACCAGAAUCCCAAAUGAGGAUUAUAACAACUUUUGUUAUAAACAAUGAAUAUUUUUACUUUAUUAUGGAUAUCCAAUGGGCUUUUCACACUUAGAAAUAAAGGUGCUAAAAGGGUUUUUGCAGUGAUGACAUAGAAGAACCGAAGAAGCUUUCGAUUAAAAAUAAGCCAUGUUCAUAUUCUGUACAUGAUAGAGGUUCUUUCUGGAACCGUACAGCCUUUGGGGACCUUAAUUUUUUAAGAGUGUGGUUUAGUAAUUAACAUUUGUAAUACCAGUUUUUAUGAAUUCACAGUACAUUUGUAAACCCUGGGUUAAUCCUUUUUUGUAUAUUUGCAAGGCUAGUGACACUGGACAAUUUCACCAAACAAGUACACGAUUCAUUUUAAAGUCCCACUGUAGUGAAAAUCAAGCUUUUAUUGUUGUUUUAACAUUGUUUUUUAUUGCUUGUCAUGCUUUUAAGACAAACCAUGUGCAAAUUCAUCAUUCAACCUAUAAAUUGAAGUUUUCCAAAGACUAAAACUGUGGUUUAAAAUCACCUUGGUUCAUCACAAAAAAGUAACCAAUCACAUCAAUACAGUUAAACGAGUGGAACAGUAGUCCGAGCCAUCACAGACAGCAAACAAUUCUGGGCCGGAUCUGCAGACUUCAGCCCUGGCUAAGGUUGUGUGCUGUAUAGGACGGAUGUAGGGCUGGACAAAAAUUUAAUAUUAAAUAUUUUGUAGUAUAUUUUUUGUAAUAAAGGUGAAAUGAGUUAUAAACACAUUUCCAAUAUUUGAUAUACAUUACAGCAUCCUGCGGCCGUUCACAUUACGUCUAAAAACACGCGUUAAACGCAUGUCAAGGUGCUUCUUACUUCCAAAGUGGCAUCUUUUUUAGCUAAACAACCAUGAGCCACUUAAUUGAGCUUUAACAUUAUUUAUUCUGUCCAACUAUCUUAUGUAACAUUAAAUAGCCUACUACCAUUCAAUAGUCUUAGGGUCACUUUCACUUUGGCUAUUUAUUUAUAUUUUUCCAUUACUAUAAAAGCAAAUUAAUCAAAACUAUUGAACUACGAAAGUCAAUACUCAGUCCCUCCAUAAAAAAUGUGAUUAUUCAAGCAUAAUCAGCCAAAAGAUUGCAUAUUUAUGCAGGGCCCGCAUUUUUCAAAUCCGCCGCACUUUCACCGCAUAAAUUGCAGAUUACCGCGUGCAAAAUAUGCACGGCUUGCAUGAUUUUAUAAUGCAUUUUCGUACCAAAAAUCACAUAUAUCUUAGCAGAAAGUUGAAAAAUGUUGCAUUUACUUUACACAAGCGCAGUCAUGUCCCUGUUGCUAUGGGAACGUUAUGAAUUGACGUGAUUAUGUGACGUGAAUAUCAUUGAAAAGCUGCAAACCCCAACCACAAUUUUUCCAUUACUAUAAUAGCAAAUUGAUCAAAACUAUUGAACUACGAAAGUCAAUCCUCAAUCCCUCCAUAAAAAAUGUCAUUAUCCAUCGCAGCCAAAGUCCGCAUGUUUAUGCAGGGGCCGCAUUUUUUCAAAUCCGCCGCACUUUCACAGCAUAAAUUGCAGAUUACCGCGUGCAAAAUAUGCGCGGCUUGCAUGAUUUCAUAAUCCCUGCAUUUUCAUAGCAAAAAUCACAUAUAUCUUAGCAGAAAGUUGAAAAAUUUUGCAUUUACUUUACACAAGCGCCGCCACGUCCCCUGUUGCUAUGGGAACGUUAUGAAGUGACGUGAUUAUGUGACGUGAAUAUCAUUGAAAAGCUGCAAACCCCAACCACAAUUUUUCCAUUACUAUAAUAGCAAAUUGAUUAAAACUAUUGAACUACGAAAGUCAAUACUCAGUCCCUCCAUAAAAAAUGUCAUUAUUCAACGCAGCCAAAGUCCGCAUUUUUAUGCAGGGGCCGAAUUUUUUCAAAUCCGCCGCAUAAAUUGCAGAUUACCACGCGCAAAAUAUGCACGGCUUGCAUGAUUUUAUAAUCCCUGCAUUUUCGUAGCAAAAAUCACAUACAUACAAAAAUGUUGCAUUUACUUUACACAAGCGCCGCCAUGUCCCCUGUUGCUAUGGGAACGUUAUGAAGUGACGUGAUUAUGUGACGUGAAUAUCAUUGAAAAGCUGCAAACCCCAACCACAGUUUUUGCAAGUUCUCGCAAUUUUUGCAAAUUCCCGCAAUUUCAUCGCAUAAAAUUGCAUAAAUAUCGAAGAUGUGCCGCAAGAUCAAGGAUUUUGGCCCGCAACAAUCACAAAAAAACCUUACAUUUUUUCUGGAAGGACUGAAGAAAUCCAUUAGUUUAGCGCAAUAGUGCACCUUAUUAAUAUUAAAGGUGAGCCUUAAAGUCUUAUGUUUACUUAUGUUUAAGUGCGUUUACAUUUAAUUUGUAUGAAGGCUUAAAUAUUUUAUUGUUUUAUUGGAGGAGGCUUCAUAAACUUGGCAAAUUCAUUUGUUCAGAAGUUUGACAUUCGUCCUGGGCAUUCCCAAGGCUUUUCUAACAUUCAUACCGUUAUCGGAUUUAUUCCGUAUCCACCAAAAUUGAGAAGUAUAUCAGCAAUAAAAAUUUUGGCCAAAUCGUCCAGCCCUAAAGGAAUGAUACACAGACUUGGCACUGAAAUGAUUGCAGCGCUACUGCAGAUCUAACCCGUUAACAUAAGCACAAAAACAAAAAUACUACUGCAAAUGCACAGUUCACAUAUGCAUUGUGUAGCAGCUGUGUCUGAAAGUGCCAAAAUGGACUCCAAGGGGACUUUAAUAACCAUGCUAUAAAGUUUUUACGAAUUGCCUACUGUAAAUAUGAAAAAUGUUUUACCAUCUGAUUGGUUGUCUGUUGCUAAACUUGCUGUAACAUAACCACUGCAUACAAGGCUUAACCCAGGGUUAAGUGUUUUGUGAAAAGCCAUUACACUGUACAGUGACAACUGCCUGAGUAAUAUUUUGUGUGUUUUAAAUACAAUAAGCUCUGUGAUCUUAACAGUUUGUUAUUAUGCCACUGUUGUCCAAAGCACCUACAUAAAAUGAAGCAAAUAAAUGCAAAUAAAUGCUAACCAUGGUCAUAAUGUACAGCAGUGGUUCUCAAACUUUUUCGGCAUGUGCCCCCCUUGUGUUUCAGAUUGCACAU